AUGGAAGCUGAUGGAAUCGUAGAAGGGUUUAUGAACAGUAUAAAUAUGCAUGGGUUAAAAUUCAAUAAAUUAAUUAGUGACGGUGAAAGUAGUGUAACCAAACGGUUAAAUGAGACGCUACCUUAUGGAAACGACUUUACGAUUACAAAAAUUGAAUGCAGAAAUCACCUUCUGCGCAAUUUCGCUACUAAAUUAACAGCACUAACAAAAAAUAUUAAAUACCCGAUAGUUAUUCGUAACUUCAUAAAGUCAAAAAUAUUACAUUUUCGGUCUGAUAUAACUAAAGCUAUUUCAUAUCAAAAGAGACGUGAUUUACCGAUCAAUCUAAAAAUUUCAGCGCUGAAACAAGAUAUUGCUAAUAGUCCGUAUCAUCGGCUAGGACAACAUAGUGGGUGUGCAAACUACUUUUGUCGAGGGAGCAAAAAUGGUGAGCCUAAUUUGGUAACUGAUGCUGAAAAGAGUGGUUUAAUGGGAGAAAUUAGGAAUAUUGUUUAUCGCUUAUCAAACAAUGCAGAAAGUUUAAUUGAAGACGUUGAUAAUAACCCUUGCGAACAAUUAAACAGUUUAAUUAACCAGCAUAUCGGUGGGAAGCGAAUUAAUUUUACACAAAGCCAUAAUUAUAAAACACGAAUAGAAGCUGCAGUUGUAGCUUUUAAUUCUAAAAAUUAUUUACGUACGUUACAAAAAAAAAUUACAACUAAAACUCCAGGCAUAAAGCGACCAAAAACGAAAUUUUCAUCUAGUGCUGCUGACAAUAAUUAUGGAUUAGCUGAACCAUUGAUUGAUGUAAUAGUUCAUAACAUGUUAUACAAAUCCUCGAUAACGUCUAAAGAAAUGACACACGGCAUUGAAAAUGAAUCUUUGGCGAGAACACGGUUUCAGGACUUGACAGGAAUGACAGUAAAAUUAUGUGGACUUUUUACGGACAAUGAAUAUCCAUAUCUAGCUGCAAGUCCGGACGGAUUAAUUGAUGACAACACGAUUGUUGAAAUUAAAUGUCCGUAUACGGCGAGAGACAUAAAUAGUGCGAAAGAAGCAAUUGAAAAUAAACUUUUGCAAUACUGUAUUGUAAAUAAAGAAGGAAAUAUUAAAUUAAAAAAAGAGCAUCCGUACUUUUAUCAAAUAAUUGGUCAGUUACGGAUAACCGGGAGGAAUAUUUGUUUUUUUUGUAGUUCAUACGAAAAACUGGACACAUAUUAA